UUUUGCCAUUGCCGCGCGUGCGUCUCAGCAACAGCAUCCUGAUGGCACCAAUUCCCGGUGUCGAGGCCGACGCACAGGCUGACAACUCUGUUGCGUAUCCAUGGCACUGCGGACUCACUGGUGAUUCGGACGAUGGGGCUGGUUGGCUCAAAGGAAGCAGCAGCGGGACCAACAAGGAUCGCCAGUUUGUGCUGAAGCGUGCGGCGCAAAAGGGUGGCAGCAAAGGAGGUUGCGCACCGUCGUCAGCUAUUCUGGCACCAGCAGGAAAUAUGCAGCCGGAUCCGAAUCCGCUGGCGGUCCAACCAAUCUGGGCGGUCCGGGCACAUGGAUCCGCGCUCCUUAUUUACGCUCGAGGAUAUGUACAUGGAUACUGUGCUGCGGAGCGGCUUCCAGACGCGCAUCUUUGUUGGUGAGCAGCAAGCCGCAUACGUGGACCGGCUGGUGUCGGAGGUGAAUUGCCCGACAGAGGCACAAAGCAUGGUGAAAGUUGUGGUGGAUAACGGUCUGGAUCGCAUGCUGCAGCUGCAGCUUAGCGCGCGGGCUGUCGGCAGCAAGGACGGAGUGUAUGGCGUAGAAAGUGGGGUGGACAGCGAGCUGGCGCUUGAAGCCAGCGAUGCGCUGCAGUACAUGGCACAAGGCGUCCAACUGCUGUCGGCUGCCAGCGUUAACACUGCGUUUGCUGCUCAUCUGCCAGAUCAAAAUGCGCGGCAGGGCCAGAAGUUCAGAUUUGCACUGCCUUUCACGCCGCAGCCGACCGCCGAGUUGCCGUCGAUGCCGUUCGAAUCACUGCCGCCAAAUAUGCCUGGGGCUGCUCCGACGUCGCAGCCGAUUGUGUUUGACAGCGUGUAUUGCAUGAAGCUGCCCCCGAUCGCGCCAGGCUCCUCGCACCAGGUCGCUUUGCCGGUCUAUGUUGUACAGCCGGGCCAGCAUAGGAUCGAAUACGAGCUGGUCGACGGCGCUCAGGCUGCGCAGGUGGUUGAGCGCGGGCUGCUUAUCAUCAAUGGGUGCAAGGCUUAGGGCUGUUGUUUAAAGCAAAAAUUGGAACGUCUAUUGGCCUUGGAGGUCCUCCUUCUGGCUCAGCUUCUUUGAGUACUUUUGCACAUGGCUGAUGAUAUCGUCACCGGUGAGCUCGCCGGCGUUGAUCUGGACCUUCUUGCCGUCCUUGAAGACCACGUCGACUGUGGCCGGGUCCUUGGCGUAGUUGGUUGUGACAACGUCGAUCUUGCAUGUGGGGUUGGCGAUGCUGUUCUCCUUUGAAAACACCCGGUUCAGAAAGACCCUACAGAGUGUGCUUGAAUUUAGCUACUGCACGGUGCUACAUGCUGCUCCAUCGCCGCUGUUCUAGUUCUUACUUUGACGAG